GAAAUGAGCUCUCACAAUUAAUUUAGGGCCCAUAUAGAAUUUAGAUCGAGCAUUAAACGGCGCCGUUUAACUGAGUCGGCAAUUUCUCCUCUAUAUAUAUAACUUUUACUCCCCCGCCUGAAAACUUUCCCAUUGGGCAGAAGCAAAGUUUUGGAUUAUUGAGGGAAUAAUACUUUUGAAACAAUCAAUCAGAGAGAACCUAUUCAAAAAUUCUUUUGCUUUGUUUCUUUCAUUCUCGUUCGUUUCCUGGCUGAUUUUCUGGGGAAAGAUUAUCGCGAUAGUUUUCUUUUUGGUUCGUAGCGUUGAUUGAGUAGAGAUGGCGAGCGAAUCUUCGUCGAAUUCGAAAAAUGCAGAGGACUCGUAUAUAGGAAACUUCAUUAGCCUCAUCUCUAAGUACGAUAUACGCUACGAAGGUGUUCUUUAUUAUCUCAACGUCCAAGAUUCCGCCAUUGGCCUCAAAAACGUAAGAUCUUAUGGAACAGAGGGUCGGAAGAAGGAUGGUCCACAAGUGCCACCGAGUGAUAAAGUAUAUGAAUACAUUCUCUUUCGUGGAAGUGACAUUAAGGAUUUGCAAGUUAAGUCCUACCCUCCUGUGCAAAUAGAUGAGCAGCUUCACAAUGACCCUGCCAUUAUUCAGUCACAGCUUGCAGGUGUGCCAUGUAGCCCUUCUCUGUCACCUACAAUUGGUGGUAGAACUUCAAUAGAAUCAACUCAGUGGCAGGAUACCCCUGCAUUAGCCAGUAGAGUCUAUCCGAGUACUUUGCCAACACAUCAAUUUGCAUCCCAGGUGGAUCCAGCAAAUUCAUCAAAUCAUUCCCAGGCUGCUCAAAAUGUCGGUCCUCCAUUAUUUUCCACGCCGUUGUAUUUUCACGGAUACAGGGGAACAUCAAUAAAUGUUUCUCAAGCUCAACAGAACCAAAUUCCUUUCCAAUCUCCUUCAAUGUUGUCAUCUCCUUUGAUGGUGCAGUGUCAUGUAAACACUCCUGAUCUUCACUCUUCUCCCAUUAUGGGAUUGAUAAAUGCACCAGAACCUGUUAACCCUGUCCUUUCAUCUAUUACAUCUAGUUCUUUACAUUCUACGGUCACAGGCUCUUUUACUCCAGUGCACUAUUCCAUGUCCCCUGAUAUGCCAUCCUGCUCAUCCAUAAAAGCGCCAGCCUCACAGGCUGCAUAUGCAUCACUAACAAUGUCUUCAUUUCCUUCAUCUUUUGAAGACACAAACAUCAAUGAAUCUCAACCUGUGGGCAAAUUAGUUAGAAGCCCUGCUGCCGCUGAUCCUUCAUCUGUUCUUCCCACCCGCAUGCCUUAUCCAGCUUGUUCUUCAGGUUCUUUGCAAGCAUCACCUCCAUCUUUGUUAACUCCGGGUCAGCUAGCACAGACCAGACCUAAUGUGCUUUCUUCAAUACAGAGUACAUAUCCUGGUCAUAAGGAUACAACUACUUUUGCAUCACUAUCCUCUUACACUCCGACUGUGAAUUCUACUCUACUAACUCAACCACCAUUGUUGCCACUGCCAACUCCUGCACAACAGUCUCUAUACUCCACCACCCAGUUUACUGAAGAAUUUGACUUUGAAGCCAUGAAUGAGAAGUUCAAAAAGGAUGAAGUGUGGGGCUACCUUGGGAAGGCACACCAAAAGGAUAAAGCAGAAGGCAUAAAGGAUGAUGUGUCAGAUCAGAGCUUGGUAGACAAACAGGGUCUUAGCCUUCUGUCAAAAUUGGAUCCAAAGCCUGCUUACACAAAGGAUUGCUUCUUUGACACGAUUUCCUGUAAUUCUCAAUCCCGUGUUGCAAAAAAUGCACACAAUCGUUUUUCUGAGAGAAUGAAGUUAGAUAGUGAGACAUUUGGCAACUUCCAACAGAGGUCUCAUGUCAGCUACGGAUCUUUUAGUGGCUAUGUUUCUGGACGUGGUCAGAACUACAGGGGCUCUUAUAACUGGGGCAGGGAAUAUGGCCAUGGUGGGAGGGGCCAUGGGAACAUGUAUCUUUGAUGCUAUAUGAGUUUUCAGUAUUCUGUUAAAUCCCAUGGCUGCUAGAGACAUUGUCAUCUGUCACCUCAGUUUACCUCAUCAACCUUUGGCUUUAUUAGGACAUUAUCUCGAGGUAAAUGAAUGUGGUUGUUUGGGAUUUUCUUGCUGAGAUGCUUGCUCGGAACUACUAGACUGAUAUAGUAUGGCAGGUUCAUGUGUUUUCUUUUUUGUGCUCAUGAGCUGACCUUUUUUUCCAUACUUUUUUAUGGAAAAGAACCAUUGUAGCUUGAUGCAUGUAUGUGAAUGAUGAUCGAGUGUCAACCAUUUCUUUUUCUUUUUGCUGGAUUUAGGUAAUUUCCAUCUACAACGCUAACAACCAUUUAUUUUAUAUCUGCACUGAGGUUUUGGGACAGUUAACAUACUUUGUAUAAUGCUCUUAUUAUUAUUUUUUUUUUUCUAA